GAUAGACGAAAUAAUACAGAGAGAUCGUCCACGUGAUGUAUUGUUCUAUUCAUUUCUUCAAGCAAUAGUUAUAUUUUCAAUAUCCUGGAAGAGUGACGAUACCAGCAGAUUCCACUGAAGGAUACAUCGCCAUGGCUGCCUCGCUGCCCUAUCACGAACCCAGCAUCGUAACGAUCCUAACCCAAGCGUCCUUUCUUCUACUGCUUAACGUGGGAAAUUCUAUCCUCGACCAUGCUAUUUACUGCGGACUCCUGGGCCAAGUCUUUCUAGGCGUCGCUUGGGGCACGCCAGGUGCCAAAUGGUUAGGCGCUGAGGCCGAGCGCAUUAUUGUCCACUUGGGGUAUCUUGGAUUACUGCUCCUAGUCUAUGAAGGUGGUCUCGCAACCUCUUUUCGCUCUUUACAAGCCAACUUUUGGAUGUCGUUAGGUAUUGCAGCGACCGGAAUCGCCCUACCGAUGGCACUCUCCUUCACAUUACAAGGCAUCACAGGCGCAACGCAUUUGCAGUCAUUCGCAGCGGGAGCUGCGCUAUGCUCAACAAGUUUGGGCACUACCUUCACGGUCCUUGGCUCAAGUGGGCUUAUGAAUAGUAGGCUUGCUGUGGUUCUAACUAGUGCCGCGAUGAUGGAUGACGUUGUCGGCCUUGUUAUGGUCCAGAUUAUUUCCAACAUGGGACGGUCUGAUUCAAGCAUCAGUGCAAUAACUGUCAUUAGACCAUUGUUGGUGUCAUUUGCAUUCGCUGUGGGCGCUCCGAUAGUCAGCUUGUUUAUUGUACGACCUGUGACUCUACAGCUCAACGAGCAUCGUAUCGCGGCUCCUACAAGCGUGGUUAACAGGCUUCUCACGAAAAGCAACACGGCUUGGCUGAUCCAUACGCUUAUCAUGCUCAGUCUAAUUGCGGGAUCGACGUAUGCUGGCACUUCUAAUUUGUUCGCAUCCUAUAUCGCAGGCGCUUGCAUUAGCUGGUGGGAUACCGAAGUGCCUCAUCCAGUCGUUGAGGAUUCUCCGCCCAGCUCACAGCCAAUUCAAACAGGAGACUCAUGUCCUGAUGGGCCAUGCAAUGCUCCCAAGGGAAAAUCUUACAAUACACGGGAGACUUCUUUCACAGGUUCUUAUACCUUCCAAAAGUACUACAAACAGCCCUUGGAAAGGAUAUUACGGCCGUUUUUCUUUGCAUCCAUUGGUUUCUCUAUCCCCAUCACCGAGAUGUUCAAAGGGUCCAUAAUCUGGAAGGGGGUCGUAUAUGCCAUUCUCAUGGCUUUUGGUAAAAUCGCAUGCGGUCUGUGGCUCUUUCCCAUUCCAAAGGUUACAGUAGGCCUAAUCCGUUUACUUACCUCGCUGAAACGCCGAGUUGUACAACUUAUUAAGACUACUGGAACUAAACCUACACCGUGUUCCAGCAGGACUACUGUGGCAGAACGUCCUGCCACCUCCAAGGUUACAACAUCAACGCCGUCAGAGCGAAAUCCUUCCGAACGAGGCACCACCACAUCCACCAAUACUGCAGAAGUCAAGCCUCGUUCGUUGUACCCUGCUUCAAUCUUGGGCUGUGCCAUGACCGCUCGCGGCGAAAUUGGGUUUCUGAUCUCCUCGAUUGCUGAAAGUAAUGGCAUUUUCUCCACGUCCCAGGACACAAGCAAUAGCUCAGACAACUUCCUUGUCGUGACAUGGGCAAUUAUGAUAUGUACAAUCCUAGGACCACUUGCCGUAGGAGUUCUUGUAAGAAGAGUAAGACGGCUACAGCAGGGUGUUGUGAGCCAGGGUCAGCUGAUUCGCCGCGACGUUCUUGGAGACUGGGUUUUGUCAUAGAGACAAGUUUGGUGCAAGACAAAGGCGCAGCGUUUUGGUAGAAUAGCCUUAGCGGCACGCUAUCUUGUUAGUUGCUCUAGUUGGUAUGUACAUAUAUAACCAAACAUAUAGAUUGCAUCGAGUUUGCGUUGGAAUGAUGUUUAUAUUUAGCAAAGGUGCUUUUUAUACCAUGUGGCAUCUUGCAGAAGAAAAGUCAUUAUUCCAUUUAUUUCUUGGUGUCAUCUAUGUCUUUAAAGUUCCUCCUCGGUAUCCAUUUGGUCGCCGCCCUGCGCCUCCUUGGAACAAGACUGGCCGUCUUUUCGUGGCAUGGUCGCCUCCUUGUCGAUCAUCUGCCUUGAUACUGAAACAAUGUUGUCCUCAAUGAGCUCUUGUCCAACGUCUUCCAAAUGUUUCUUCGGGUCGACCUUGCCAACGUAUCGCGUCUUCAGCUGCUCCUUUGUGAGCUCUGUCUCUUCCUUUACGCGCUUCUCGUAGCCAUCGGCCAGAGUGACUAGUCUCUGUAAUCUAUCCUUGUUCUUUUCGCCCUCGGCCUUGAAGUCGUCCAUCUCCAGGGCUUCUGUCCACACGUGCUUGUGUAGGUUCAUUAGCAUGUUCUCUUCCAGCGCUGUCUUGCGGUAGUUGAUGCCGAUAGAGUAGUAGUGUCUGUUGAGGCCGUGGAUAAGAGCUUGGAUUGAGGGCUUGUUGAGGUGACCCAAGUUGCUAGUACUCUGACGAGGCUCCUGGCCCAUCAUGAGAAGCUGAGGGUUGAUCAAACGGAAGGCGUCGAUAACGACCUUGCCCUUGACUGAUUGAAUCGGAUCGAUGACGACGGCAACGGCGCGCGGGUUAAGCUGCUCGAAAGAUUGCUGGGUGUUGAUAUCAACCGACGAUAGCCAGCAGCCGAAUCCAGGAUGCGAGUGGUACCAACCGACGACGGAUUCGGGA